CGCCUGCAAAUACGAAUCAGGGUAUUGGAUUAUCCUGCCAUGCUGGAAUUGGCCCCCAAAUCACCCGGAUUCGACAACUAAUCCCAUCGACACCGUCGUUGAAGGAAAAUGAGCCGAAACAAAUCAAAGCAUCAUCGGGCGGGGGGCUUGUUAAUCAUUCACUUGAUCCAUGUUACUGGCGGUGUUGCUCAUACACCCUUAGCUUCCCUCCUGGGGCUGGAAACCAUUUCUCUAACUUCUACCUUCCCCAAAUCGAGAGACACUGGGGACAGAGGGGGGGUCGAAAAAACUAGUUUCACCCGGUCUUCCCACUAUGCCAGGAGCUUGUUUCUGUCUCCCAGGCGGCUCUCAGCCCAAAACCCGCCAUCUCCGAGUCUAUUCCUGUCGUGGCUGUCACCUCGCGAACGAAGUGUUGUCUCCUCUCUCCCCGUCAUCUUAGAGUGGAGUCGCAAAGGAACGGACAGGGGGGGAGUCGAGUUCUGGUAUUGGCAGGCCCGGCUGCGAUUGAGCUGUUGGGACCUUCACGUGGCGAUGGUGCAGGACUAUCCCCUAUUGAGUACCCUGACUCAGAGCCGGAGGGAAGCAUAAUCCGACUGGACUCUGGAGUGGUCCAGCUCGUCCGGAGUAAAGUAAAGUAAAGUAAAGUAAGUUAUUUAUCCAAAAGGGACGUUCUGCAGUGACAGGACCCGCCAAACACGACGGAUGAUUCUCCGUGCUAU